CUUUUUCAGAACCAGACAGCACAACUCUACAAUUCAAUACAACUCUAUUUUUGUUGUUCCCGAAUUUUAAUGCUACCCCCAAGACAAAAACAAGUAAGUAAAGAUUAAAAAUGGAUGAAGAUGAAUUGCACAGUUUGUCAUUAGACGAUAUGUCGGAUAGCAAGUGUUUAUCUGAGAUCCCGCAGAAGACCUUGAUAUACACAGCGGACAAUAUUAAAAGUGAAAUAACAUUUGAGGAUGAGCAGAUUACAGAGACAACAUUCCUGGAACUGCCUACAGAACAGGUAUGUCAAGUUGAGAUUGAAACAAGUCUGGAUUACGCCGAGGAGAAUACCAACAAUACGAUUGGUGAAAUGUGUGAACUCCAGGAUGAGGAUGAGCACAUCGAGCUUAAUGAUUCACAACUAUCAGAUGCAUUGAAUGAUCACAACUACACAUCACAGGAGAUUGUGUCAAGUCCGCCGCGAUUGGACAGUGUUAAGGAUCUACUCUUGAGUCAAAUUGUUUCGAACAGAUCACAUUCCGAAACAGUUCCAACGAACGUCACAAACUUUGUGGACAACACCAUAAUUAAAAUGAAAAUUCUGCGCAUGGAGAAUGUGGAAAAAAAACCAGAUGAAUGUGCUUCACAAACCAAUAACAUAAAUCUUCCCUCAAAUUGUUCAGAACCUCUGGAAGUUGAGGCUAAUGAUGAAUAUUUUGAAAGUCUUUAUAAGAACUUGAACGAAAACGAUAUAGUAUUAAAUAGCCUGCUUACGGAUACUAUGAAUUGUGCUAAAGAAAUCUUCAAUGAGUGUAAUGUAUCAACGUUGAAGACCGAAGAAGAGUUUCGAGCUUUUAUUACAGAAAAAGUAAAGAAACUUACGAAAAUUGCGAAUAUUACAGGUUCGAUGAGAGAUCAAUCUGUGCAAACGUUUUCUAAAGGAUUUCUAAGAAAAAGACACCGCAUGAAUCAUAAUGCAAAGAGGGAUCUAUUAGAUUCUUCGGAUUCUUCAAAUAUCGAUAGUGAUAAUACAGACAGUGAGAACGAAAAUAAAUGUAUUUUAAUCGAACCUUCACCAAAAGUGGAUCGACUUCGAGUCGUAGAUAAUGACACUGAACCAAGUCGGCGAGUCGAAUACGACGAUGGCAUAGACCUUUCUAAGUAUAUUAAGAUAGAUAUUACUAAUAGAAAGCUCCGUCAAAUGUCCUGUGACAUCAAGAGUGAAGAGGAUAAUUCAUGCACAUCAGCUGAUGAUACGGAUAAGGAAAUAGAGAGGCUCACCAAUUUAAAUGGUUUGAAAAAGCGUAAUUUACAGAGCAGACACGGUAAACCUAAGGAUAAAAAUAAGCCAAAGCCAUUAAGUGUGAAAAAUACAAAUAAUCUUGAAGAAGAUGAUGAUGAUAUGGAAGUAUAUGACACUGAAAAUAGUUUCAAAGAAAGCGACGACGAGAUCAUUACGGAAAAUCAGUAUCUGUCGCGAUUCAAUGAGCAAAUUAAAAUGCAAUUAUUAAAUGAUUCUAACAGUGAUUCAGGACUCUCGGAUCAAAGUGAUUACAAUAUGUCCAAAGAAUGUUCUUCGACCGAAAAUGAAACUAAAACAGAUGUGGUGGAUAAGUUUUUACAAGUAUUUAAAUGCGAGUCUGAUGAGGUGCUAAAGGAUUAUAGCAAUAAUGAAACCAAAGAUAAGUCAGAGAUAGAAAUCAUAUCAAAGGAAUCGGAUAGCUUGGAUGUUAGUGAUGAAAUAUGGAAUGAUAGUUUUAUACAACAAAAGAGAUCCAAAAAAUCAUUAGAAAAACUUCUUGCCGAAGCGGAGAAACGUAAUCAAAAUGAAGAAAUUGUGCUCAGCUCUGAAAGUGAUUAUUCUGAUGCUGAACCGGAACCCGUUGAGGAGAAAACGAGAAUUAUUAAGCCAAUGCUGCGCAUGGACCAGCUGGCAAAUGAAACUCGAGCUGCUCAAAAGUCCGAAACGGAGCGAAUACGUAGACUGGAUAAGAAACAUACGAUACUUGCCAAGGCAGUUAAGAAUGCUGGGCAAUCAAAUAAAAGCAGUUUAAUUCUCGACUAUUUGGAAAAAACUAAAACAUUUGUCAAAGUCGAUGAUGAAAUUGUCAACAAGUUGAAGCCCCAUCAAGUUGAUGGUGUCAAGUUUAUGUAUGAUUCAUGUUAUGGCGGAAUUGAUCAUACCAAGAAAAAUACAGGAUCAGGUUGUAUUUUAGCCCAUUGUAUGGGACUGGGCAAAACCUUGCAGUUAAUUGCUCUGCUGCACACGGUAAUUUCUUACAAGGAACUUAAUACAACGAAAGUGCUGGUACUUUGUCCAAAGAGUACGGUCAUGAAUUGGGCUGAUGAAUUGCAACGCUGGCUGGGUCCACUCAAGAGUAAAACCAACAUUAAGGUCUUCGUUUUCCCAGAUUCAUCCGAUAUUUCAGAUAAAUUGCGCGUGUUGGAAGAAUGGUCUCUAUCAUCAACUAACAGAGCAGGUUGCCUAUUAGUGGGAUACGAGGCUUUCCGUACUUUAGUAUUUUAUCACUCUUAUAAAAACCGUGGAAACUUAAGUUCAUCCAAAUUGGAGAAUAUUCGGGAUUCAGUUAACAAAUAUCUACUUGAACCAGGUGCGGAUCUGGUUGUAUGCGAUGAAGGACAUAUCAUUAAAAAUAGCAAGUCGGCUAUAAGUCUCGCUGUUGCCAAAAUUAUAACGCCAAAGCGCAUCAUUUUAACCGGAACUCCCAUUCAAAAUAAUUUAAAAGAAUAUUAUAGCAUGGUAAACUUUAUAAAGCCUUUGUAUCUGGGCACGGAAAAAGAAUUCGCAAAUUUAUAUGCUAAUCCAAUCAAGAAUGGCCAACAUAAGGAUUCUGGCAAAAAGGAUAUUACGGUUAUGAAGCAACGAUCUUAUGUGUUACACAAAAAGCUGUCCAAGUUUGUGCAGAGAAAAGAAGCAGAGUUACUGAAGACAUUUUUGCCACAAAAGUUUGAGUAUGUUCUAUUUAUUCCGAUGACUGCGGUUCAGAACACACUUUAUGAAUAUAUUCUAGAAGCAAUUGCAAGCCGUGGUGAUAGUCGAGGCAAAAGUCUUAUAACAGAUUAUACUGUGUUGCGGAAGAUUUGGACACAUCCCAAAGUUUUGGAGGAUGCUUGGAAAAAUGCAAAUCAGAAAAACAAAAAAGACUCGAAGAAAUCUGGUCUUCAGCAUUCCGAUGAUGAUCAGCCCGAUGAUAUUUAUGAUAGCCAAACAGGUCUUAUUUCUGUGACCAACGAUUGGUGGCGCAAAUAUCUUACGAAAAAAGAUCUGGAGACAAUUAUGCCCAGCAACAAACUUCGCACAAUGUUUUCUAUACUACGAAUGUGUGAAGAGAAGGGAGAGAAAUGUUUGAUCUUCUCUGCUUUUGUUGCCGUACUUAAUGUGGUUGAAUACUUUUUUAAAAAAAUAACAGAGUCCGAUCCAGAAAUAUUACAACACACACAUAUACACACAAAUUUUAAGGCUUCGAAUACUUGGAUAAAUGGACAGGAUUAUUAUCGACUAGAUGGCAAGACGCCCAAAAAUAUCAGACAUGAGAUGAUUAAAAGAUUUAACAGUGAGGCUAAUAGACGUGCACGAGUUUUUUUGAUAUCUGCCAAAGCUGGAGGUCAAGGUAUCAAUUUAAUUGGUGCAAAUAGAGUUAUAAUUUUGGAUACCUCAUGGAAUCCCUCGAACGAUCAACAAAACAUCUUCCGUAUCUUUCGGCUGGGACAAAAAAAGAACUGUUAUAUAUAUCGCUUAAUAGCAAUGGGAACCAUGGAGGAAAAAGUUUACUCUCGGUCCGUAACAAAACAAGCAAUGAGUUUUCGCGUUGUAGAUGAGCAGCAAAUUGAUAGGCAUUAUAAUAUGGCAGAGUUAGCUGAACUUUAUACCUUAACUAAACCAGUGCAAAGCGAAAGAACAAUGCCUGUGCUACCCAAGGAUACGAUAUUAGCUCAUCUUUUACGUCAAUCAGAGCUGGUUUAUAAGUACCAUGAGCACGACAGUCUAUUGGAAAACAAAGUAGAACAAGAGUUGAGUGAGCAGGAAAAAGCGGAUGCAUGGGACACGUAUGAGCGGGAAUUACAAAUGAAUUUGGCACAACAAGAAGGAUUAACUGCCGAUAAAAAUCCAAACUCUAUGCCAGCUUCAAAACUUAAUCCAUAUCUGGGUGCUGUUCCGGGUCUCGAUAUGCAAACUCUUUUAAACUACAGCCUGCAAUCUGCAUCGCUAAUUCCACAGUAUGGUUAUGGAUUGAAUCAAAGUUACUUGGAUACCUUAAAUAUGUAUCAAAAGUUUUCAUCUUUACGUUAUCCUGAUAUGAAUGCAGAAAUUAACAACUUUACGGCAUCUCCCUUUGGCGUCAUGAAUUCUACAAAUGCCAAUCGCAUACAAUCGAAUGCAUCUCUUAUGUCCAACAUGCAGAGUCUGGCGAAUGCGAAACAACAUUCAAGGGAGUUCGGUUUAUUUGAUGCCCAAAAAUCACGCACAGGUCAAUCUUUGGCUCAUCCACCUUUGCAUCAUGGUCUUGCCUCGGAAUCUCCGACACUUGCCAGUUUAUCGGCAAACGCAAAUGUAAAUAAUGUACUCUCGGGUCUUGGGCAAUACAAACAGAUGAUGGAUAAUCCGCUGUCAAACCUAUUGAAUUAUUCAGCCCAAGGUUAUUCCUCGCUCGGCCAAGGCGGCGGUAUACUUCCAAAUCUAAACGUACCCAAUGAAAUUUAUACGGAUAAGGUUCUCGAAGCCGUGGAAAACUUGAACAAAAAGGAUAAAGCAGGGAAAUCAAGAUCGUCUAUUGAUCAAAAUAUUGUUCAGAAAGCAAUGAAUCCGCAGGAAAUAAGAUCAGCGAAUGUCCCAGUUGUGAGCUCUGUUGAUCUCACUUCAUCGACUCCACUUAAUGUACCUGUUGCUGCCAGCACAUUUGCAAAGAACGCCACGUCUGUGAUGAAACAUCCAGGGCAACCCACAACUUCGGUUGAUCUCACAACAACAACGACUCCGUUGUCCUCAAAGAAAGCUCUUACGUUGCCCAACAUUCUACGACAGACGAGUAUGACGAAUCUACAAAAUGAUGACGACAAAAGUGUGAAAACCGCAAAUUCAGGAAAUGCUAGCUUUUCUUUGGGAUACUCUCGUGAUGGAGCACCCACGUUAUCAAAGGAUUUCCUAAAAAAUAAUGCUGCUAUGCAAAUUAUUCCAACAACCAGUCCACCGGGUACAAGCAGCAUAACAAAACAACUGAAUGAAAUGUCUCCAAGUAUUUCUCUAACUGCUGUCAAUCCACCCACAGAAAACUCCAAAGCCCGCACACAAGAUUUACAGAAAAGCACGAAUUCUCCCACAACUUUUAACAAAUCAAAGAAAUCCGUAAAUUCCAAUAUAUUUUCACUGUCGAAAUCGUCUUCAAGUUCUUUGCCUAAUUUGCCGACGUCAAAAACUAUCUCUGUUAGAGAAAAAGCAAUGCCCGUAAUUUUCCCCUUAGCAAAGAAAACGCCAGCAGAAAUAUCAUCUAUUAUCGGCAGUGAAAUAGGAAAAGUUUCAGUAACCCCAGUUAAGGCAGUCAAUUCCAGUAAAUCAACAAAUUCUAGUUCAUCAAUAAGUGUUAAGCCUUUAUCAGGGACUCAGUUGGUGACUAAGCUUAACCCAAAUGUUUCAAAACUGUCUCAACAAUUUCGCCCAACGAUAAAUACUCAAAUAUCUAAUGAUACAGGUGCUUCUAAUUCAUCAAAGGACAUAAGCUUUCAAGGUGAAAACCGAAAGAGAUCAGCUGAAAGUCCCAAGGCCAAUUUAAAGCGAUCUAAAUUAGCAAACGACAGCAUUCAAUUCAACUAGUUUUUGGAAGACAAAGUUUUCCCAACAACUAUACAUCUGAUCUAAGCUGAAACUGAGCUGCAGCAACUGAGUUCGGAAUAUGAAGUAUCUGUUAACCAUAUUAGAUCUAUUUAUGAAUGUUAUGAUUUUUGUAAAAUUAAUUAUGUAUUUAU